AUGGCCGGGGCCGGCGGCCAGCACCACCCUCCGGGCGCCGCUGGAGGAGCGGCCGCCGGGACAGGCACCGUGGUCACCCCAGCCGCUACCUCGGCGGGGCCGGGAGAGGACUCGUCCGACAGCGAAGCGGAGCAAGAGGGACCCCAGAAACUGAUCCGCAAAGUGUCCACCUCGGGGCAGAUCCGGACCAAGACCAGCAUUAAAGAGGGACAACUGUUGAAGCAAACCAGUUCUUUCCAAAGGUGGAAAAAGCGAUACUUCAAACUUCGAGGCCGUACACUUUACUAUGCAAAGGACUCAAAGUCUCUGAUAUUUGAUGAAGUUGACCUCUCAGAUGCCAGUGUAGCUGAAGCAAGCACAAAAAAUGCUAACAACAGCUUCACGAUUGGAUGUGCCUUUUCAGGAUGGGUGGAAUCAUGCCCAUUAGCAAGGACUGAUGUGACUGUCCUCAAAAUGACUGUAAAUAAACUUCUAAAAGAUUUUAACUUGAGGUUGAACAUAAUAUCAAGCUUGUUAUCAGAUGCAUUUGACAACAGUGAUGGAUUUGGCAAGAAGACCACCUUGGAUGCUGCCACGAUGUCCAGGGAAACCAGAGUAGGGGCACGUGUCAGAUUGUCUGCAAUGGGAGGGAAGGAGGACUGGAUGAGAGACCUCGUGCAGAAAAACGGGAGAGCCAUGGCCAACGAUGGGGAAUGCACAGUGUGUAAGUUCAAGGCUCACAAAAGAUGCGCAGUGAGAGCAACCAAUAACUGCAAGUGGACCACCCUGGCCUCCAUCGGGAAGGACAUCAUAGAAGACGAAGAUGGGGUCGCUAUGCCUCACCAGUGGCUCGAAGGCAACUUGCCUGUGAGCGCCAAAUGUGCUGUCUGUGACAAAACGUGCGGCAGUGUUCUCCGGCUACAAGAUUGGAAAUGCCUUUGGUGUAAAACAAUGGUGAGGGCUUUGGAAUCGCCUUCCUGCUAUCUUUAUCAGUGUAAAGCUGUAUGUAUUGAUCGUGUACUGUGUUUUUUUUUGACAGGUUUCUGUAGAGCCACGUUUUCAUUCUGUGUUAGUCCUCUGUUGGUUUUUGUCAAUUCUAAGAGUGGAGAUAAUCAGGGAGUAAAGUUCCUGCGUCGUUUUAAACAGUUGCUAAAUCCGGCUCAGGUGUUUGAUUUAAUGAAUGGAGGUCCUCAUUUAGGCUUAAGAUUAUUUCAGAAGUUUGACAAUUUCCGGAUUCUUGUGUGUGGAGGAGAUGGAAGUGUAGGUUGGGUUUUGUCCGAAAUCGAUAAGCUCAACUUGAAUAAACAGUGUCAGCUGGGAGUACUACCUUUGGGUACAGGAAAUGACCUUGCUCGAGUUCUUGGCUGGGGAGGCUCAUAUGAUGACGACACCCAACUUCCUCAGAUACUUGAGAAGCUGGAACGGGCCAGUACUAAAAUGCUGGACAGGUGGAGUAUAAUGACUUAUGAACUCAAAUUGCCACCAAAGGCUUCUCUACUUCCGGGACCUCCAGAAGCAACAGAAGAAUUUUAUAUGACAAUUUAUGAAGACUCAGUUGCAACUCAUCUUACAAAAAUCCUCAAUUCUGAUGAACAUGCAGUGGUCACAUCAUCUGCCAAGACGCUCUGUGAAACUGUAAAGGACUUCGUGGCCAAAGUCGAGAAGGCAUAUGACAAAACUUUGGAAAAUGCUGUUGUAGCCGACGCCGUGGCCAGUAAAUGUUCAAUCCUAAAUGAGAAGCUUGAACAACUGCUCCAGGCUCUGCACACAGAUUCCCAGGCCGCUCCCCUCCUCCCGGGCAUCGGCCCUCUCAUUGUGGAGGAAGAUACUGUGGAAUCUUCAAGUGAGGAAUCCUUGGGUGAAAGCAAGGAACAGCUCACAGAUGACAUUUCAAAACCUGCCUGCCAGAAAGCUGCCAGACCAAGGGAAAUAAUGCUUCGGGCAAACAGUUUGAAGAAGGCAGUGAGGCAAGUCAUUGAAGAAGCUGGAAAAGUAAUGGACGAUCAGACAGUUCACCCCUGUGAGCCAGCUACUCAGUCAUCCGAUUAUGAUAGUACGGAAACCGAUGAAUCUAAAGACGAUGAUACAAAAGACUCAUUAACUGUUAAAACUGCUCCUAGGUCUCCAGAUUCCCGGGCAAGUCAUGGCCAUUCCCAGACUGAUUCUGUCCCUGGUCCAGCUGUAGCAGCCAGCAAAGAAAAUCUCCCUGUGCUCAAUACCAGAAUAAUCUGCCCAGGUUUAAGAGCAGGACUAGCUGCCUCAAUUGCUGGGAGUUCCAUUAUCAAUAAAAUGUUACUAGCAAACAUUGAUCCUUUUGGUGCAACACCAUUUAUUGAUCCAGAUCCAGAUUCAGUAGAUGGAUAUUCAGAAAAAUGUGUCAUGAACAAUUACUUUGGGAUUGGAUUAGAUGCAAAAAUUUCAUUAGAAUUUAAUAAUAAGAGAGAGGAGCACCCUGAAAAAUGCAGAAGCCGAACCAAAAACUUGAUGUGGUAUGGCGUCCUUGGAACCCGGGAGUUAUUACAGAGGUCAUACAAGAAUUUAGAACAAAGGGUUCAACUUGAGUGUGAUGGGCAGUAUAUUCCUCUCCCCAGUUUGCAAGGCAUAGCAGUGUUGAACAUCCCCAGCUAUGCGGGAGGCACUAACUUCUGGGGUGGAACUAAAGAGGAUGAUAUAUUUGCUGCACCGUCAUUUGAUGACAAGAUCCUGGAAGUUGUUGCAAUAUUUGAUAGCAUGCAAAUGGCGGUUUCAAGGGUCAUUAAAUUGCAGCAUCAUCGAAUAGCCCAGUGCCGUACGGUAAAAAUCACUAUAUUUGGCGAUGAGGGAGUCCCGGUGCAGGUGGAUGGUGAAGCAUGGGUUCAGCCUCCAGGGAUUAUCAAGAUUGUGCACAAAAACAGAGCUCAGAUGCUAACAAGGGACAGAGCCUUCGAAAGCACCCUGAAGUCUUGGGAAGAUAAACAGAAGUGCGACUCUGGUAAACCAGUUCUUCGAACCCAUUUGUACAUCCACCACGCCAUCGACUUGGCCACGGAAGAGGUGUCGCAGAUGCAGCUGUGCUCCCAGGCUGCAGAGGAGCUCAUCACUAGGAUUUGUGAUGCAGCCACAAUUCACUGUCUUUUGGAGCAAGAACUGGCCCAUGCUGUGAAUGCCUGCUCCCAUGCCCUGAAUAAAGCCAACCCACGGUGCCCGGAGCAGUUGGAAUCUCCGCAUGAAGAGCGGGUGUCUGAUGCCUUACACUCGGUGGAGGUGGAGUUACAGAAGUUAACAGAGAUUCCUUGGCUUUACUAUAUCUUACACCCAAAUGAGGAUGAGGAGCCUCCUAUGGAUUGCACCAAAAGAAACAGCAGGAGCACAGUAUUUCGCAUAGUGCCAAAAUUUAAAAAGGAAAAGGUUCAGAAGCAGAAGACAAGUUCACAGCCUGAAAUUCAAAGCAUCAGGAGUCUUACGAGAGACACCGCCACUGAAAUAGCCAUCAACGUCAAGGCGCUGUAUAAUGAAACGGAAUCUUUACUAGUUGGCAGGGUUCCUUUGCACUGUAGGAGGGAAAGGAGGGACACCAAAGAAAAUGGUAAAGACACGGACCUGGGGAUACCGAAAGUGGGCCAUAUGAAGCGAAUUCUCCAGGGAAUUAAAGAGCUUGGAAGGAGCACUCCCCAGUCUGAGGUGUAA